CUUCCCAGGCGCAGGGAGAAACGUGGCCCCUGGCGGGAUGGCAUCCCAUUUAGGGGCUUGGAGGUGGGAACCAGAGGAAAGGAGAGAGCCGAGGGCUGACUGGAUAGACCUGGGCCCCUGGGAACUAGCUGAUGCGGGGGCGGGGCUUCCCCUGACACCCCAACCCCAAAGGUGUCCCUGCUCCGAGGGUCCGCUGGCAUUCCUCACAUAGGCGCGUGGGCGGCGCCAACCAUCCCCUAAACUGGACACGCCCCCCCCUUGGCUUUGAGGCAGAGCACAGGAGUCCCAACGGCGUCACUGUCUCCCCGCAGAGGGUCCAAGGAGCCGGGACUCCACGUCUCUGGGAGGCAGCCGGCCACCUGCCUAGUCAAUGAUUUGGCCCGGUAGUUCCUCAAGCCCAGGUUUUCCUCAUCAGCCCUCCCACAACAUCAUGGAAUCUCCAAGUGAAGAGGAAGGCCCAGGACAGAGCCGGGAGCCCCCACGGGGCCAAGGAGGCUUCAGCAGGGGAGACUGAGAAGGAGCGGCUCAGGCCGCCCCAAAAGGCAAUCGAGGGCAUCAGAGACUACAGAAGAUCGGGGAGAUGGAGCGCAUUGGAUUGGCGCCUAAGAGGUCACUGGUGACUUCGGAGUGCCCCCUUCUACGGUAUGGCUACCUUCUUAGUAGCGGGAGGCUCCAUUCAGUAAAGUUGUACUUUUAGCACCUUCUGUGAUGACAUUCACCUUUUAUCUUGAGCGGUGGUGAACGGCAUCAUUUUUUGCUAGUCUUUUGCUGCUUCUUAGGAGUGCCGGCUGUUCAGGCACAAGGACCACAAAUGAGGCUCCCAACUUUCACUCAACUGGGUUCUGCCAUAUUUGCGAGUUGUGCUAAGCCUUGGGUGUAUACGGAGGCCACUGACCAGGCUUGGGGGCUUUGGUCUUGCCCAGAGGUCGGCUUUCUUGUGAGACCAGCCCUCUCCCGACAAGCCUGUUUCUUUUAUUGGCAUUUCUGCUGAUCAUGAAUUUUCAGCACAGGAGUGAAGAGUUUUGUGGAAUAAUGAAGAUAAGAAAAUAGGAGAGGGUUUGAACAAGACCUAGACGGAACCGGGGUGCUGGCGAGAGGAUGGCGGUUACCGUGUAUUCAACUUCCGUAACUAGCGAUAAUUUGAGUCGACAUGAUAUGCUGGCCUGGAUCGAUGAAUCUCUGCACUUGACUUGGACAAAGACUGAACACUUAUGUUCAGGUGCUGCUUAUUGUCUUAUGGAUAUGCUUUUCCCUGGUUCCAUUGCUCUGAAGAAAGUGAAGUUUCAAGCAGAACUGGAACAUGAAUAUAUUCAGAACGUCAAGGUUCUACAAGCAGGUUUUAAGAGGAUGGGUGUGGACAAAAUAAUUCCUGUGGACAGAUUAGUGAAGGGAACAUUUCAAGACAAUUUUGAGUUUAUUCAAUGGUUCAAGACAUUUUUUGAUGCAAACUAUGAUGGGAAAGACUAUGAUCCUGUGGCAGCUUGUCAAGGCCAAGAAAGGGCAGUCGCCCCCUCCCUCAUGACUCCAGUUUUGAAUAAGCCAAAAAACCCUCUUGGUUCCAGUGGUGCAGCUCCACAGAGGCCCAUUUCUACACAGAGAACUACAGCACCUUCCAAGACAGGCCCUGGUAUGGUCAGAAAGAAUCCAGGGAUGGGAAAUGGAGAUGAUGAGUCAGCAGCAUUGAUCCAGCCGAUCGAUGUAUUGAAACUCACUGUUGAAGACUUGGAGAAAGAGAGAGACUUCUACUUUGGAAAGCUAAGGAAUAUUGAAUUGAUUUGUCAGGAAAACGAAGGGGAAAGUGAUCCAGUGUUGCAGAGGAUUGUGGAGAUUCUCUAUGCCACAGAUGAAGACUUUGUGAUACCUGAUGAAGGGGGUCUGCAAGAGGAGCAAGAAGAGUAUUAAUAACCCAUGUACUGUACCAGUAGAGAAGCAACAUCUGAAUUCUUCACCCCAAAUCAUGUGCUUAACUGUAAGAUACUCCCUUUUAUUGUUUUUAGAGGACUCACUCACUGGUUUCUUUUCGGAAGCAAAAAGUACCAGCACUUUGCAGAAGUUUCACUCCUUUUCCAAUGGGUGUUGAGUCAGGAACUUUUAUCUUGUGGCAAAGCAGUAUUAACAUCUAGCCGGUUCACUUGGGGAACAAAGAGGCAGAUCUUGAGAGCUCACUUUUUGGUUGCUGGUAAACAUACUGAUUCCUGAAAAUUUGUUUUGCUAUGACAUACUAAAUGGAGGCUCAGAAUAGAGAAACGUGAAGACGACUCACAAAACGGAUGAGCUAAUGUGAAAUCUCAACAGAGAACUAAAUAACUAACGCCUUAAGAGUAUUUAAAAAGGUUUCCUUAUGUCAAAUUAUAAAAUGUAAUAUGACAGGAUUCUUUGUGCUUCAUGUUGUGGCUAGAAAGCGCCCAACCGUCUACAUGGCUGUCUGGGAAGGCCUGUGGUGCUCUUUCAGUACUUGCAGCCAUAGAAAUGGAUCAGAGUGCGAAGUAAAGACAUUUAUUCUAGAGCUUUUUGGUAUUGCUAAGUGGUAGAUCCUACGAAGGAGGAGGCUGGAUCUUUGCCUAACAAUCAGAGGGAGUCUUUUGGCUCUGAGAUGUAUGAUUGAGUUGAAGAGCUCAAAAUUGUUUUCGUUGAGCAUUUCUGUAUCAGUUUCUCGAUGUUACUCCAAAUCUUCUGUGCACUGUAUUUUCUAGAAAGCAAGAUGUGUCUGCUUUUAUAUUACCUAAAGAUUGCUUUUGGAAAGCAAAAACGCCUCCCUAGAAAUGAAUGUUACUUGGGAGCAGAUUGGCAUGUUUUCUUUUAGCUCCUUUUUAUUCUUCCUUUCCCUUUUGGGGUCUCUUCUUUCUGCCCCUUAAAACGUGCUGCUGAGAACAAGGCAUACCAUGGGCAGGGGAUCGUGCUCCGCCUUCUUUCUGGACCUCUGGUAGAGGGAGAGUGAUCUGUGAAGGCUGAGAUUACCUUGUGACCUGCAAGCCUUGGGUUGGGGGGUUUUGGUACCUGCUGUCCACAGCUCCCACCGUAUCUGAAUAGUUGCCAGUGCUCGAAUCUCCUUGGAGAUCAGUUCCAUCAGAGUGUGUUACUAAAUGUUCAUCUUUUGCAGGAAAUACAGGGCCAGGUCUAAUGUGACUAUUAACAUUGAAAACAUUUCAUUCCUGAACACCCCCGUCUUUUGCUUUGCACCUCAGCCUGUUUCAUCCCUUUUGUUUGGCAGGAACCUGCCAGACGACUCGGUCACCCACUACUGAGAUGAUCAGUCCUGCCGUGCUUGUGUCACUUUGUCUCUGGUGGUAGAUUCUGGUGCCCUAAAAUGUGUGUAGAAGGCGAGCUUUUACGAUAAACGGUGGUGCGGUGCACGAGUCUGCGUGGAACUCUGAGGAAAGCCCAAGUGUCAUAAUAAUAAUAAUGCCCAACGCAAGUAACUCGCCAGUGUUGAGAUGCAGGUGCUGUUUCUCUCUUGUAGGCCUCUGUUGCCCUAAAAGUCCAUUUCGCGUAUUCCACCUGGCCUUUCUUGACACGGUUGUUUCCUGCUUUAAACAGUUCCUAAAUAAAGUUCUGUGUUUCAAAAAAAAGGAGAGAAAGCGGAGGCGUCUCUGGGCGGUCUUUCUGGGGAGAAGUAAAGCGCGAUAGCCGGGAUCCAGGCGGGAUGUUUCCGCCAGGAGGGGGACGCGGGCCUAUUUGUGGGGAGCUCAGGAUGAGCCGCCACAG